AUGCUGGGUGGCGAAGGCUCGUGGAAUUACGAAAUCGGACAGGGAACCGAAAUUGAUGCUGUAGAGUUAAGGGAAUCAAAUAUCAACCCUCUAUUUUGUCGCCGUGAUACUAAGCGGGCCUUUCAAUGGAGGAUACGUAAUUUGCCAUAUCCAAUCAGUACGUAUCUACUCUCCAUUGAAGAUGCUAAUACAACUAUUGUGCUCCGGACAACAAACAAGAAAUAUUACAAACGCUUUACUAUUCCUGAUCUUGAACGACUAGGUGUUAGGCUGGAUUCGUCACUGCUUUCCAAAACUCACUCGAGUAACACUCUUGUCAUUUCGUACAUGAAACCGGAGAUUUACCUACAAUAUGAAAAAGAACUUAAGAAGGAACUUGCCAAGACAAAACCCAUUUCCGGCGGUGAUGUCCCUUGUGUUUCGAUCCUCAUCGUGUUCCUCUUCACCCUUACUCAUCCCGCCGCCUCUUCUUGGUGGUUUCCACCCAAUUCCGCUACCUCAGAGGAUCAACGGCAGUCCUUCCGAACGGUCAACUUCCCCAAACUGCAAGAGCGUCUCCUUGCUCAAUUUACUGACCAGUUGCAGUCAAAGGCCAAUGGUAACAGUCUUGAUGCGUCCCACUUUCAGUGGACCAGCGUUACCAUGUUUCGUGAGUCCAAAUCUUCCAUAUCCUGGCUGAUUAUCGCCGGGACUUCCCCCAAACAGAACCACACUGGAACCGCCUUUAUACAUAACUUCGGCGCAGUGUUUGGAUGUCAGGUUGAUGUAAUCCCUAGUAGUCCAGGUGGAUUUGACAUUUCUACCUGUGAGAUCCUUGGUUUAGACACUGGGACACCAAACUCAAACCACUCCGACGCUGGACUUCUAGGCAAAGGCCUCCAGAGCUUGCAACUGCCCACCGGUGGAGUUGUUGUUUUCUGUGAUCCUCUCUGGCAUUCUAGCCAAGGCACCCAGUCUCCCGGCGGCAUGUGUAGCGUUCUUGAACGCAUCAACGGGGCCUGGUGGUCUGUUGACACGGUGAAGUUCUGCUCCUCCGCUGGUCGUACGCAGCCGUGCGCUGGUGGCUUCUCCAUCGACCUUCGGCUCUCCGGGGAUGGCACAAAUGCCCAGCUUCUCGCAGGGUUCCCCUACGCCCAGUCCACUGGUCGAGUUCGCAUCGUUGACGGUCUCUUAAGACACGCACAACAGCACGUAUAUGACAUUGAGUCAAAGGAGGUGGCGUUUGGCGCGUCAGUUGCGUGGUCACCACACUUCUCCGGUCACGGCGACGCACUGGCCAUCGUGGGUUCGCCCUCAACCAGUGUCCAAGGCUUCCGAGCGAGCAGUUUGGUGGAGGAUUUUGAAACGGAGGAGUUAAAGAUGACCGGCGACACCUUUGGUGGCCUUGGGUUUUCGGUGGAUACGAGUCUCGUCGGCGCUGGCAUGGUGGUUUUCGCUGGAGCCCCAUUUGAGGAAGUGGAGAAGGUGGGCCCGAACACGGGACGGAUGUAUGCACAGUUCAGGAACACCGAUGGCGUAUACAACUUCAGCCUUGAGGGCUCCCGACCCGAUGAGAUGUUCGGCUACGCCAUCGCCCGGAUUGGUGACAUUGACGGGGACGGGAUUGGCGAAGUGGCGAUUUCCGCACCAGCAAUCGGUGCCGAGAAUGUCACUGGUCGCGUCUACAUCCACCGCGUUUUGCCAAAUUUCCGACUUGAAAGCGAUCCCCUUCAGAUAUUGGAGGCACCUCCGCAUGUGGUCGGCUUCGGCAUAUCGUUGAGUAGAAGCAUCGACAUUGACUCUGACGGUGGACCGGAAAUGGCUGUGACAACUCUAGACCCCAAAGUGCCCGUUCUGAUAUACUCUCUGCCCCGGCGUCUUCGAGCAAAAUGUGCUUUUAGAGCUCAUCCCCUUGUGACUUCCACGUCUGUUCGGAAGGGCGACCUUGUGACACUCAAGAUUACCAUCAACUUCAUCGAUCCCGUUAAUGACAAACCGUUUCCUGCUCCCGCUAGUUUCCAGAGCCGCUCACACCAAAUCAACCCCGAUGUCCUCUGGCUGCAGCGCUACGAUUAUCUCAACGGCCAUCCAAAUCAGAGUGAUUUCUUGACAGAACUUCUUUUGGGCAGAGAAUCCUUCAGACUGGACCCGAGCCAGCCGAGAUUCACCCUCGAGGAAAUAUCCGACACUCGAGUUAGUGACAAUGGAAUUGUCAUCUUAAAGGCCAAGCUUCUGGUUCAGGAGGAUGCUAGGUACAUGGACCUGGACACUGUGCCCCUCCAUGUGGCUUUUCGUUCGAUUCUAGCCGAUCCUCAAUGCAAUCAGUACACUCGGUUGUGCCCAAAGAUCGCCCAGCCCUCGAUAGACUGGUCUGAUUGCAUCUGGAAGAUGCCUCCUCCAGCGUAUCUUUGUCCGCCGCAUCCCAAGUGUAGCGCCGAUUUGCAGGUCUCCAUAAAUGGUGGUGGUAAAUCUCAUAUACCCGUGCAGUUCGGACGUCGGGAGGACGCUAAUCAGACUAUGAUGUUUGUGCUACGAAACAACGGACCUACAAAAUCGGAGGGAGUGCGUGUGCUGUUGCGCACAAUCGGAUGGCCGAAGAAUGCCUCUCGGCCGGGAUUGCGCAUCCUCGUAAACAGUGUGCAUUUGAGGGAUGCCGCUACGGGCGCAUUUCUAGCUUCAAAUGACCGGUCGACAGGUCGGUGGUCGGUCAGUCUGCCAAGCAACGGGGCGGCUGCACUGAUCACCGCCCAACAGGGAACAGUACUUUACCCAGAUCAGGAGUUAACCAUUACCGUGGACAUUUUCCUGGCUGGUCUGGCACCAAAGCGCUACGAAGAAGAGGGGGAGAUCAUUGAGAAAGGAAAGGAGGAGGAUAAGCAUAGAUUACCGAGUCCAGGAAUUCUGGCCAAUGUAUCUGCCGCUGUUGGGGACCCAAGUGGAGAGACAAAUAUUGCCACUGGGAUCUUUGAUGUGAUCUACAAGCCUCAGCUGAGGAUCAAUCCUGGGGCCGCGCCACCUGCCCUAGUAGACGCGCGAAAGGCGCCACCACAUCUCAGCGCUGCCACCAGGAUAGUACUAGGGAACGAGGUGGGUCCACAGCUUGAGCACAUAUUUUUGGUAGAAAAUUUCGGAUCGGUGGACCUUCACGACAUAGCCUUCCAGUUGGACAUUCCUGUCCGCACCAAUGAGGGGGACACGCUGCUUUACCUGGCCGACAAGGCUCGACUUCUGGACGGCAGCACCUCUGGCAAGUUGCAUCCUCUCUUAUCCUGCUCCUACAACUUUUUUACCUAUUCUGACCCAACCGUUUGGCGCCACUGGAGGCUAGCAGUGUUAACGAUGUGGUUGUACUAUGCAUGGGUCAAUACACUGCCGAAAAUGGUGUCCGCAAACGGAAGUGAGGUCGGUUUUUGUGAGAUUGACGACGAAUUUGUCAACCCUCUCAACCUCACAAUUCGGGAAGCUGGAUCUGAAAGCAAGUUGCCCCUUUAUGGAUAUGAACGUCUUUUUUUAUUGGAGAUCAUAUUUAAGCCGUUGAGAUUCAUUCGCCGUUGUUCGUCCAUUUGGUUAAUACCGCUACCUCCCGACCUACUUCUCAUUAAUUACCCAGAAUCCCCACACUCCAGUCUACCGACAAGCCGUCGUCGAAGAUCAGUAGAAGAAGACAAGGAAGCCCUGACACCUGGUCGAGUGACUGUCAUAUAUCCUUUUGGUGAUAAUCGCGCGGACGUUUACUUUAAGCGGUCAGGCCAGCGACAAUCCACCAUCUCAUGCACCGUUGCCGACUCACAGUCCACCGAUCUCCGUCAAAGUGACCUUGAUUUCACGGUCAUUUGUGCCAGGGUCACAUGUCACCUGAACAAGUUACUACGUGCUGACACGGUACGCGUGAGUCUGACUGGAUGGCUGUGGACUCCCACCUUCUUCAAGCACCAGCUUCCAGAUGUCAAGUUUGUGAGCAGACUUAGCCUGAUGGACUGGGGUGAACCACCUCAAAUCCUUCGUUCCUACCCGUCUGCUCGUCUGGACUUUCCCGACGAUCCACCUGCGUACGAACUACCACAAGCGGUAGUGUUUCGCGGCGUCACGGGAAAGUACCUCGCACGCAUUCCCCUUUGGCCAAUCAUCGUGGGUGUUGUUCUAGGCAGCAUACUGCUCUUCAGUCUGAUCGCCUCUCUCUACUGUUGUGGCUUUUUCCGCCGAAGGCAAAGGACGAAAGAGGCUAGGCGAAAGUCAAUGAUGGCAGCUGCUGCUGUGAAAGGUAGACCAUCUGCCCACGCAACUGACAAUCAUCCGGCGGCUUUUCUGCUGGACAAGGGAACGAACGCAAAAGGUGUCCCGUCGAAUAGAAGGAAUGCGGACAUUUACUCAGCAAACCCGAUGCAUGCUGGAAGUCCUGAUUUGCUCUACGCCCCCGAGCCUCAACCGCCAACGCCACCACCGCCAGAGAGCCCAAAUGGAGGCAAUCGGGAUUCUGAAUGGAUGCAAGAAGAUCCAAAAAUGGAGAGUGUGCAGGAGACACAAGAAAAAGUCGACCAGCUGGAGACUGAGCAAGUGUCGGAAGUCAAGAACAACGACCGUGACCCUCGUGACCGUUCGCCUUCGUCGAGUUCCGGUCUGCCAGACUGGCUAAUGAGUGAACUAAAGGAGAACGAAGCCAAAACCAAAAAAUCCAAAUCCUCCAAGAGUAAUUCCUAA